AUGGAUAUAUUAUUUUUUAAUGUUUAUCGAAAUGUUUAUUUAAAUAAUCUCAUAAUAAAUUAUCUUCCUCAAAUUGGGAAACAAUAUAAGAGAUACGAAGAGUUAAACUCAAUUUCAAUACUUUUAUCAAUAGAAUCUCAAAAUAAAAAAAAAAUUGUUAACAGUAAUAAUAACAUCAACAAUAAUAACAUCAACAAUAAUAAUAUUAACAUCAAAAAAAAUAUUUCUACAAAUAACAAUAACAACAAUUAUAAUAAUAAUGGUAAUAGCAAUUUAAUAGAUUUAUUAAAAUAUAAAAUUAAAAGAGGAGAUCAUCUUUUGUUUGAUAACUCCACAUUAAAGAUUGUUGACUUUAUAACCAGAUAUAUUGGUGAUGAUCAAGAGUUUUAUAGAUGUCUGUCUACGUAUUACAAAGAUCAACUUAUUUACCUGCCUCACUUGUUAGAAACGAUAUGUAGAUUUAAUAAUUUAUCAGCUUUAAAGGAGUUUACUAAAGAUGGCGACUACAAGGUGUCAAAGAGUGCAUUGGACUAUGCUAUUCAAGUGGGUGAUUUUAAAAUUAUGGAUUUUUUGUUUCAAAACCGUACUGAAGGGUAUACUGAAGAGGCGAUAUUACAAAAUAUAUUUUUCAACUAUUUAGAUUCAAAGAUAUGCACAGUUUUCGCAAGAUAUGCAAUCGAUGUAAUGAAAAUAGACCUAAUCAAGUGUAACCCCAUAGGUGUUCAUUGCUACUAUUUAUGUAAAGAUCCGGUUGUUAUCGAUAAAAUAUACAAAUCCAAUAAAAUAACUUUCGAAUACCAAGACCUAUUCCUUUAUUUUCCUCUUCCAAAAAACAACACCCUUGAAGAACUGCUCCAUCUCUUGAAAUCAUUUCUUUUAAUUUUAAAAAGAUAUGUGUAUAUUGAACAACAAGAAGAAACCCAACAACCUCAGCAUCAACCCGAAGAAGAUGAAGAAAAUAUCUUUGAUGAUUUUGAUCAAGAUUCAGCAUUUGAUUUAGUUGAAAGACCCCCAAUAGAAGAAAUAGAAAAUGAAUUAAAUGAAUUAGAAUUUUCAAGUGAUGAAUUAAAUGGUAAUAUUUUAGAAUUUGACUGUAGAGACAAUAGAGUUUAUCGAUUGCUAUAUUGGUAUUGUCAUUUAUUAAUUCCAUAUGGUAUUAUUCAAGAGGGUUGCGAGUUGGUUUACCAUUUUAUAUUAAAAUACCAAACUGUAAAAGAAAAUGAAGAAAGCGAAUAUAGUAACCAAAGUAAACAGAUACUAGAACUAACUGGAAGUGACAGUAACUCAGGUUCAAUUUCAAUGCUAUUAUAUUCAUUAUGUAUAGAGUAUGCCAACUAUAGAGUUAUAAAAGAAUUUAAAAACUUUGGUAUUACAAUUAUUAAAGAAAACAUACCAGUUAUAGAAAUUACAAAGGGGUUCCUAUCUGUAGUGUUAUCCGAGUUGGAAAAAUACAAUUUAGAAAAUCAAAAGAUUAUACAAGAUAAUAAUAAUAAUAAUAAUAAUAAUAAUAAUAAUAAUAAUAAUAAUAAUAAUAAUAAUAAUAAUAAUAAUAAUAAUAAUGAAAAAAUAAUAAUAGAAAUUAAAAAUAAUAUAUUUAUACUUUUACAAUCAACAAUUAAAGCAAGUUUAUUAUGCAACCUAAAGUUUAUUGUAGAAAAAUUUCCUCAAAUAUUAUUUGGUUUAUUUGAAAGGGGUGAAUUAAAUAAACUAUUGUUUCAAGCAAUACAAAAUGAUGAUAUUAAUUUAACAAUGUUCCUUUAUAGGGAAGCUAAAGUUCAACCUCAGAAAGCUGAGAUAGAAGGAUUAAUUGGUGCUUCAACACUGUCACAUCAGCAACAAAAUCAACAACAAAAUCAACAACAGCAGCAACAACAACAACAAUCCUCAGCACUCCCCAAACAAAUAACACCCAGAAUGUUAAUGUUUAUUAUCAAAAAACUAAUACCAAAUAUAGAUUUACCCUUUGAAUGUAAAAGAUCGACCGAGAAUCAAAUUCUAAUAAAGAAAAAGAAAAUUGUAUUAUACUAUUGUCAUCUUCAUUAUAACAAGGGUGAAAAAUGGAAAAGUGGUCCGUGGGAAUGA